UGACCUACUUGAACUCUUCGGCCCCGCCCUGGCUGCCAUGUUGGCCAUUGCUUUGUGUUUGCGUUCUGUAUCAGGGUGGAGGCUUGUCAUUUCUCGCAUCAUGUCCAGUUCUGCUUUAACGCGACCCCGAACUGUUCUCGGAACCAUGGAGUUUGGGCGACGCGUGGAUGCCAAACAAAGCGCGGCAAUGGUGUGCGCGUUCAUGGAACGUGGGCACAACGAACUGGACGGCGCGAUUAUGUACGCGGACGGUCGCUCGGAGCAGAUCAUGGGAUCGAUGGGACUCGGACAGAAAGUAAAGAUUGCAACUAAAGUGAAUCCAUGGGAUGGGAAGACAUUGAAAGCGGAGAGUGUCCGAUGUCAGUUGAAUACAUCGUUGGAACAUCUACAAAGGGAAAGUGUUGAGAUCCUCUAUCUUCACGCCCCAGACCAUGAGACACCAAUUGAGGAAACGCUGGCUGCCUGUCAGGAGCUUCACCAACAGGGGAAGUUUAAAGAAUUUGGCCUCUCAAACUAUGCUUCAUGGGAAGUAGCAGAGGUGUAUUCAAUCUGUAAAUAUAACAACUGGGUCCUUCCCACCAUCUAUCAGGGAAUGUACAAUGCCACCACCCGGCAAGUGGAGACAGAACUCUUACCUUGUCUCCGGCAUUUUGGGAUAAGAUUUUACGCCUACAACCCGCUUGCAGGUGGGCUACUGACUGGGAAAUAUCAGUUUGAAGACAAAAAUGAGAAACAGCCCACUGGUCGCUUCUUUGGAAACAGCUGGGCCGAGGCUUAUAGAAACAGGUAUUGGAAAGAGCAUCAUUUCCGAGCUUUAGAUCUUGUGAAGAAAUCAAUAGAUGCAACUUACAGUUCUGAGAAGCCAAGCCCGACAGCAGCAGCAUUAAGAUGGAUGUAUCAUCACUCCAAACUCCGGGGAGAUCUUGGUGACGGUGUUAUAAUUGGGAUGUCAAUGAUGGAGCAGCUUUACCUGAACCUGGCUGCGUCUGAGGAAGGGCCACUUGUCCCAGCUGUGGUCGAGGCCUUUAAUGAAGCUUGGAAUCUCGUGGCACAUGAUUGUCCAAAUUAUUUUCGAUAGAGAAGACCUCAAUAAGGAGGGCUUAAAAUAUACACACAAAUAAUGAAUUUAAUAAUUACCACAUAUUUUGUCAAACCUGGUUCUAAGAUCAUUUAAUGUGUCUGGAUAUGGAUAAAAUGAUUCAUGUAA